AUGUCGCACUCAGGUUGGAACUCCUCUGAACGUGAGAUUCUGGUCGGUUUUGGAGUGGAUGUCGAUGCCGUUGCUGGGUGGCUAGGCUCGUAUGGCGGUCAUGACUCUCCAGGAGAUAUAUCUCGCGGUAUGUACGCAGGCGAAGUCGGAACAAUACGCCUCCUCAGGCUAUUUGAACGCUUUGGAAUCAAAACGACAUGGUUUAUUCCCGGCCAUAGCUUGGAGACCUUCCCGGAUCAAAUGGCUGUAGUACGGGACGCCGGACACGAAAUGCAUCGGCUUGCAUGGUUACUCUCACGAAGUUCGUCAUCUAAACAGCAACGCGAUAUUUUAGAUCGCACAUAUACGCUUCUCACAGACUUCUGCGGUGGCAUACCACCAAAGGGAAGCGUCGCGCCGUGGUGGGAGACAAGCAAGGAAGGUACAGAGCUGUUACUCGAGAAGGGGAUUGAAUAUGAUCAUUCAAAUAUGGCUCAUGAUUCCCAAGCAUUUUAUUUGCGUGACGCAGACGAUUGGACACCUAUUGACUACAGUACCAGGGCAGAAACAUGGAUGAAGCCUCUGAAACGUGGCAACGAGACAGGCAUUGUAGAGAUACCUGCAAAUUGGUAUCUGGACGACCUUCCACCCAUGAUGUUCAUCAAAGCGAGUCCGAAUUCGCAUGGCUGGGUGAGCACGCGCGACGUUGAAGACCUUUGGAAGGAUACAUUCACCUACUUGUAUCGACGUCAGUGGUCGUCCGCACGUUCUUAUGAUGCUGGUAAGUAUUUUUCGCAUAUCCUCGUCUCCCAACCGUCUAGGCCCAUCCUCUCAUACAUGCGCUUUAAGGAACGGUUCAUCACUUGGAUCAAUACCCAUGAGUCCAUAAAAUGGGUCCCGAUGAUCGAAAUGGCUCGUGCCUUCCGCGCAAAGAAGCAACCUGUACCUGGAGCACGCAUGCCAACUGGUUUCAAACCAGAUGCCUCUUCUUAG